GCACGUUCUACCCACGUGACCCCCGCGUCCUGUGACGUGUUCCAGCCGAGCAUGUAAACCGGAAGCAGCCGCUCAGCCGUCACCAUGUUAGCUGACGACGCCAACGAUGAAGACGUGUCUCUGUUUGACGCGGAGGAGGAUGCAGGGAAGGGGUCGAAGAAGACGAAUAUUAAGCAUCCCGUGGCGUCCUUCUUCCACCUCUUCUUCAGAGUGACCGCCAUCCUCGUGUACCUGCUCUGUGAGAUCGUUGGCAGCAGCUUCAUCGCCCCCAUGGUGACGAUAAUCCUCCUGCUGUCCUGUGACUUCUGGGCGGUAAAGAACAUCACCGGGAGGCUGAUGGUCGGUUUAAGGUGGUGGAACCAGGUGGAUGACGAUGGACGCAACCACUGGGUGUUUGAGGCGAGGAAGGGCACCGGGAAACAACAAGCGUCAGAUUCCGAAUCUCGAAUCUUCUGGCUCGGGCUGAUUGUCUGUCCGGUCCUCUGGGUCAUCUUUGCUUUCAGUACUCUCUUUUCCUUCAAGAUUAAAUGGGUGCCCGUCGUGAUCAUGGGCGUGGUGUUGCAGGGAGCUAACCUCUACGGUUAUGUGCGGUGUAAAGUGGGAGGGAAGACCAGCUUAAAGAACAUGGCCACCAAUUAUUUUGGACGACAGUUCCUCAAACAGGCGCUGUCCAAAGAAGAGGAAUCGUAGAGUCCGGCUCUGUGAUUCGAACACGUUUGCAUUAUUCUUAAUGCUGUUAUAUAAAUUCUUUUAGCGAGCGCAGGCGUAGGAGGAAAAUCUUUUUGCAACAUGAACUGACGAUAACAUUUCCUUUUUCUUUUUAAUGCCACGUGUGACUCGAUGGGUCACACUGUAGUUUUUUUGUUUGUGGUCUGAAGUCUGGCAGCAAUAAACCGUCACAGACUUCAGCAAUAUGAAAGUGCAUGAGUGAGGAAAAACAAGGUGUGAGGGUUUGAAAUGGAUUGAAAGUGACUGAUGUAGUUUGAUUUGUCACGUCGUCUCUUCUUUAGUUUGUGUUGAACUUUUCUUUAAUAACAUCAUGUCGUUUGUCUGGGAGGUGUCAGAGUGUAAAGUAUUCCAGGAGAUCUGUAAAUAUGUACGUAAAGAAACUAUGUGGGACUUCUUUUGUGCUAAUACAUUUGUAACAAUUUUCCUGAA